AUGGCGGGCUCACACGGGCCACUCCAGUUCCACUUUGGUGACGAUGCCCCCGGCGUGCACUGCCACUCUCUCACUUCUGGACUGGUGUGUCAGGUUGUGACAUGGAGGCACUUUGGCCCAGUGGCUCAUGUGCGCUUGACUUACAACAGUGACACUUGGGAACACACCAUGGAUGUGAUGAUCAGCUACACAGGAGUCACUGAGUUUCUCCUUCUGGGAUUCUCUGAGGACCCAAGGAGGCAAAACCUUAUUGGAUUCCUGUUCCUUGUGGCUUACCUAGCAGCCCUGUUAGUAAAUGGACUCAUAAUCAUCGUCAUUACAUCGGACCCUCGGCUUCACACCCCAGUGUAUUUCUUCCUGAAGAACCUGUCCCUCAUAGAUCUCUGCUACAUUUAUGUCACUGUUCCAAAAGUUUUUCUCAACUCCCUGAUGAACAGGAACACAAUAUCUUUCCUUGGAUGUGUUUCCCAGGUGGUGUUCUUUGCAGGUUUUGGUGCUACUGAAUUGCUUAUUCUCACAGUGAUGUCCUAUGACCGCAACGUGGCCAUCUGCCACCCGCUGCACUGUGAGAUCAUCAUGAGCAAGGGGGCCUGUGGGCAUAUGGUGGUGGCUUCAUAUGUCAGUGCAUUGGUUUAUGGAGCCAUGCAUGCUUCAGUGACAUUUUCAACAAAUUUCAAUUCCAAUAAAAUCCACCAUUUCUUCUGUGAUAUCCCUCAGAUUAUGGUGAUCUCAGACCCCAAAAUGAACAUAGAUGAAGCUUCAGUGUCAUUAAUAGUUGUAAUUAUGACAAUAAUAUGUUUCACCUCCAUUUCAUAUUCCUAUGUCAACAUCUUCUCUGCUGUCUUGAAUAUCUCCUCCAAGGAGGAAAGGUCCCAAACCCUGUCCACAUGCAUCCCUCAUCUGGUGGUUGUGGCGCUGUUCACUUUCACAGGUGCCUUGGCCUACUUGAAGCCACCCUCCUCCUCUCAGACCAUCCUGGACCUCCUUUUGUCUGUGUCUUAUACUGUGUUUCCUCCAAUCAUGAACCCCAUUAAAUACAGCCUGAGAAAUAAGGAUAUGAAGGCAGCUCUGGAAUGA